AGCAACUUGGGUAUCCAAACGUAAGACUAAAAUGGUCAAAGCACUUCACAUAACCAUCAUGCUCUUCCUCGUAGCCUCCAAUCUCCUCGCAUUUAUCAAUUCCGCUAGACUUCUCGACCAGAUUCAACCUCAGCCUGAAGAAGUUGACGAAACGGGCGAUAUCCCACCACCAGCAACCACAACUACAUCAGCAUUCACGGUCCCGGCCGGUUCAGCAGGAGCUACUACAACGAAUGAACAUGAGCCAUCACUAGAGUUUUUUAUGCAUGACGUGCUAGGAGGGUCACACCCAUCAGCUCGUGUAGUGACCGGCAUAGUAGCUCAAACCGAGGUGAACGGCAUACCAUUCUCAAAGGCCAGCAACAGCAUCUUCCCGGUAGACAACGGAGUCCCACUGGUCAACUCAAACAACAUCAACAGUGUCAUCAACCCAAACACAGCCCCACUUCUCACCGGACUUAGCGGGGCUCAAACCAGCACCGUGAUCCAAAACACCAACGGAAAUACCAACGAUGCCCUCAGCUCCAACAGCCUCCCCUUCGUAACCGCAGGUAACCUCCCUCCGGGUGCUGCACUCCAGCAUCUUAUGUUCGGAACCAUAACCGUCGUGGACGAUGAGCUAACCGAAAGCCACGAGCUCGGCUCAGCUGUUAUAGGGAAAGCUCAGGGAUUUUACCUAGCCAGUUCCUUGGAUGGGACUAGCCAGAUUCUUUCUUUAACCGUGUUGUUAGACAGAGAGCAUGACCAUCAUGACACUUUAGACGAUGCCAUUAGCUUCUUUGGGGUUCACAGGACCGCCUCUCACGCCUCUCAGAUAGCGGUUAUUGGCGGGACAGGAAAGUUUGAGCAUGCUAAAGGGUAUGCCAUAGUGGAAACUCUGCAUAACCAGAACAACCAGCAUAUCACUGAUGGUCAAGACACCAUCCUCCAUUUCAGUGUAUACCUCACCUACAAAGCUUGAAGAGACAAUAUAUUGAGUGUUAAACAAGUUAUGAUUGCUUUUGUAUAUGUUCUUGCUCACUAGCUUCCUCUUGUGGCCUUUUUUCAUUUGUUGUGAUUAUCUGAUUAGAAAAGAAAUUUAUUUAAAUGAGACUACAAGUCAUAAUAACCUGUUGAAACAAUGUGACUAACUUGAUAAAAGGCCAAUCCUAGACCUCUGAUAAAAUGAAUGUUUGUAUGCAUGCCAAAUGCAACAACUACUCUCCUCUCACUAUUCUCAAUCAAAAUGCAGAGGAGGAAGCAUAGUCAGGGCCAGUCAUGGAAAUAAAUAAGUGAAACAUUGGCUUAUCACCUCCAAAAAUUCAAAAAAUAAUGUACAUAAAUAUAUAUUUCCAAAAUUGUAAAAAACUAAAAAAAAAUGUCCAUAGCCCCCAAAAAUGUCAAUAUUUGAAAAUAUUGGAGACUUUUAAUUGGGGGAUGGUGGAGGCCCGCACGAAUCGAGUUCUGCAAAAGUAAGCAGCGUCAACGGUUCGGCCAGCCUAUUUCCCUUCCAUAAAUUCUUGCGCCACUUUCUAUGUUUUACUGUCAGCGCUGCGUCCGGCUCUCACCGCUCGCUUUGUUUUCCUUACUCAUUAGUUUAAGGCAAGUUUUAAUACCAGACCACCCUCAACACUUUAUACUAGCUUCCACAAGACCCAUCCGUCUCAAUUUCCCGAUGUGGGAGAAACAAAAAUGGUUACUUUAUUCCAAACCGAUAUUGAUUCGGUUCGGUUUCAUCUAGUUUAAUACAAACCGAUUAAUUGAAAUGAACCAGACCAGAACAUUUUAAUUGUAAGCCUUGUUGACUCAAAGUAGUAAGAAUAGUAAAAAAAAUUCUGAUUUUAAAAAUUAUCAUUUAAAAAAAAAUAAUAAUAAUUCUACACAGUUUUUUCUCAUUCCUCUAUUUUUUUUUUUUAAAGUAAUACAAUAAAAAAAUUCUCAUUGAAUUAGAGAAUAAAAAUAAAUGAUAAAUAUUUUUUCUUAACUUUUAUUAGUGGCCCGUUUGAAUCCAU